AUGGGACGGAUUGGUUCUGCAGGAGGAACGCAGCCGUUGAGAAAGGCGGCGCGCGAGGGGUCUGUCAGCUGCUCCAUCACUGUCAAACCGCAGCUAGAUCAUCGAGCGGCGGUGCCCAUCCACCUGUGCUGGGAUCCUGCCUCCUUCAAGAGUCACUGGUACCGGAUGAAACGUGAGAAAUCCCUAGUGCACAGGUUGCCCUACCCGGAGUUGCGUCUCUACCUGACAUACUUGGAGAUAAGCUUGACGUGUGAAAGCCUGUCGGCAUUUUUGCUUAUCAGAAUAACUGACAAGCUCCCUGUGUCCCUGCUGCAGGUGCUGCUGUGGAGGCACGCCGGAGCUUGGAGGGGCCGGGAAGGAGCACCUCACAGCACGCUGGUGCCAUCUGACGAAGUAACUAUUAAUUACAGACACGGUCUUCCUGUGAUAACUCUUACGCUGCCCACAAGAAGCGAACGCUGUCGGUUCACUGUGAAGCCAGUGGUGACCACGGAGGACGUGCAGAGAGAAGAUAAAGGAAUUGAGAGGGCGGAAGUCUUUACAACAGAUGGUAGCAAGGUCUCUGAUGCAACCUUGAUGGAGGUCUUAUUGAUGAAUGACUUUAAACUUCUUAUCAACAACACAGCAUACAGUGUGUCACCUCCUGUAAAAGAUAAGCUGAGUAGUGAGCAUGCUACUGAAAUGGAAGAUGUCAAAUCCUUGGUUCACAGACUGUUUGUGGCUCUACAUUUAGAAGAUCACCAGAUCAGGAAAGAGAGAGAAUUGCUACAGAAACUAGACCAUCUGAAAGAAGAGCUGCUGCCUCUUGAACAGAUGAAAGCCAGAAUCACGGACAGCGCACACGCAAAGACCUCCAGGCUUCUGUGGGUUGGCUUAGCUCUGAUGUCGACCCAAGGGGGAGCGCUGGCGUGGCUCACGUGGUGGGUCUACUCGUGGGACAUCAUGGAGCCAGUCACCUACUUCAUCACUUACGGGAGUGCCAUGGCUUUCUAUGCCUACUUUGUUCUUACUAAACAGGACUACAUUUACCCUGACGCUAAAGACCGGCAGUUCCUCCACUACUUCUAUCGGAAAUCCAAAAAACAGCAUUUUAAUGUGGAACGGUAUAACAAGCUCAAAGAAGACCUAGCAGAGGCAGAAGAAUCCCUGAGGCGUCUGCGCCAACCUCUGCACCUGAGGCUUCCAAUCCAGGAAAUCAAUGACAAGGACUGACUUUGGUUUUGUAUAUAUUAGAAUUACCCUUUCAAAGCUGAUACAAACAUUUAAUUACCCUAUGGAAACUCGCUAUUUUUGACCACUAUAGUUUUGAAAGUUGCAAUAAAUAUCUAUAAAA